AUGGACAUCCGCCUCCUCACCACGGCCGACCUCCCCCUCAUCCAGCACGCCAACCUGGAGAACCUGCCCGAGAACUACUUCCUCAAGUACUACCUGUACCACGCGCUGUCGUGGCCGCAGCUGAGCUUCGUGGCGGUGGACGUGUCGCGGCCGCGCAAGGGGCCGUACGACUACCCCAAGAUUGUGGGCUACGUGCUGGCCAAGAUGGAGGAGGAGCCGACGGACGGGGUGCAGCACGGGCACAUUACGAGCUUGAGCGUCAUGAGGACGCAUCGGAGGCUGGGGAUUGCGGAGAAGUUGAUGAGGCAGAGCCAGCUCGCCAUGGUGGAAACGUUUCAGGCCAAAUACGUCUCCCUACACGUCCGCGUGUCCAACGUCGCCGCGCGGCACCUCUACGAAGACACGCUGCGCUUCCGCAACGAGAAGACGGAGAGCAAGUACUACGCCGAUGGCGAGGACGCAUACAGCAUGCGCCUGGACCUGGACGACGUUGCCGAACUGGCGAAGCGCGAUGGCGUGGACGAGGGCGAUGCGGUGGGCGAGGUGGGCAGGGAUCCGGAGGCGGAUGGCAAGCAGAAAAAGAUUCGGGUUGCGGUGGGGAGGGGGCUGGGAGUUGGGGAUUUGGUGGAGAAGGUUGAGACGAAGCAGUAGGUUAGAUUUGGUUGUUAUGAAGAGGGAAAAGGGAAAAAAGGAAAGAGUUUGGGGUUUUUACCCCUUUUUGGGCUGGGUUUCUGUUCUGUGUAUAUGGUUGACAGAAAAGGGGGGGGG